AUGCUGCGGCGCAACGCCCGGCUCAGGCGGGAGUUCCUGUUCCGCAAGAGCUUGGAGGGCAAGGAGAAGGAGUUGUAUGAGAAGAAGCGCAAAAUCCGGCAGGCGCUAGAAGGCGCGUUCUGGGUGCCUGGGACCGCCGAGUUGAUGCUGCGGGCGGGCGGAGAGGGCAAGCCCAUCCCCUCGGAGCUGCGCCGCGAGGAGGCAGAACUGCGCCACCAGGUGGAGCUCGAGGACGACAACACGGCGGUGCCGCGCACACACAUUGACGACGAGUACGCGCACGCGGGCGAGCGCGACCCCAAGAUCCUCAUCACCACCUCCCGCGACCCCUCCAGCCGCCUCGUGCAGUUUGCCAAGGAGGUCAAGCUGCUAUUCCCCAACUCGCAGCGCGUCAACCGCGGCGGCAUGAUGCCCAAGGGCGCCAAGAGCAUCACCCUCAAGGAGUGCGGGCCCCGGUUUGAGCUCAAGCUCUACCAGAUCAAGCUGGGCACGCUGGACCAGCCGCACGCGGAGAACGAGUUUGUGCUGCGCAGCUACACCAACAGCGCCAAGCGCAGCAAGCUGGCGACGGCAGAGGAUGAGGAGCAGCAGUGA